GAGGAGCUGUGAGCGUCACAGUCACCAGGAGCGCACGCUGUUUUAUUAUCAUGGCUCAGUUUAAAUACUGGAGACGCGUGUGUUGCCUCCUCUGAAACACAGCCAGUAGUUCCAGUCUGAUAUUUUUGGGGAACAAACGGAACCAGCUGCAACCAAACAGUUUGUCGACUGUCAGACAGUAAUUUGGGAUUAAAAUGGUCAUCAAGGUUUACAUCGCCUCCUCGAGCGGCUCCGUCGCGGUAAAAAAGCACCAGCAGGCAGUGGUGGGUUUCCUGGAGGCCAACCGAAUCAGCUUCCAGGAAGUAGACAUCACCAUGCUGGAGGAGCAGAGGCUCUGGAUGUACCGCAAUAUCCCCAGAGACAAGCAGCCGGAGAAAGGCAACCCACUGCCUCCGCAGAUCUUCAACGAGGAUCGCUACUGUGGGGACUAUGAAGACUUCUUCCAGUCAAAGGAGGACAACACUGUGUUUGCAUUCCUUGGGCUCAGCUCCCAACCCUCAGUGAAAGAUUCUGAGUCAUAGCCUGGAUCAAACUGCUGGUAUGUAACGUCCAGGGAACCUCAAGAUACGAGGACAAAAACUGCAUCAUUUCCCAUGUUCUUCCUCCUACGACGACGACAGCACGUUGCCAAACAUCAGACCCAAUGGAUUUCACCCAGUAUGACCUCUCCUGGCUCUUUAAACAACAUUCCACCAUCACUUAAAGAAAUGUCUGAUUCUCAAGAGAGACUUGAUCACAGAAGGAGGGGACUGACUUUAUGAUGGAUGCAAUUGUGUUUCCUUUUCUUGUUUAGCACACAAUGUGAUCGGUGGCAAACACUGUCAGUAGCAUAGAUUCUGUGCACACUAGAUGUAGCAGCUUAAGCAUCAGUAGACGAGUAAGUUUAGGUCAAUCUGAAAUGCAGUGGAUGGGGAAAGAACUGGUUGGGUGCAGCAGUGCAGCACAAGUCACCUGAAUACACACCUGUGUUGCUUGUGUAUGCCUUAGUGUGUGUGCGUGUGUGUGUCUCAAUCAGCAGCUGUUAAUGAAGGCUGCGUUAAGUGAUGGGACCUGAGAGGCGGCACUUAAUGCAACCUGAAACAACCCAAGGUCUAGCCAUUAUGUGUGUGUGUGUGUGUGUGUGUGUGUGUGUGUGUGUGUGUGUGUGUGUGUGUGUGUGUGUGUGUGUGUGUGUGUGUGUGUGUGUGUUUUAGCAGAGGUGACGGUGACACUGCAGUUUGUCACAGCAGAUGAGACCAAAUGCUAGGAAUCUUAAAACAUACAAGGGAUAUACAUGAUACUCAGAAUCAUUGCCAGCAUUUAAAGGGACAGUUCACCCCCAAAAUCAAAAAUACAUACUUUUCCUCUUACCUCUAGUGCUAUUAAUUAGUCCAGAUUGUUUUGGUGUGGGUUGCAGAGUGUCAGGAAUAUAUGGUUAUAGGUUUAUGCAAGUAGAGUUACUGUGGUCAUACAUUAGGAAAAGAAACAUGAUGACAAUGCACCUUAAAAUUACUCAGAGCUCAGUCAAAGGUUCCACUUUUGAACUCUGGUUUCCAGGGGAAUAUCCUGUGAUUUGCGAUCCUCCCACCACCCCAACCUGUCUCUUUAUAAGGACUGUUCCCAUCUUUACUCCCUUCAGCCCAUGUGGUCAUGUGAUCGCAGCCUUCCCAUAAUGACAAUGGAUAUGUACAACUUUUGGUGCAUUACUUAUCGUAGGAAAAUUAAGAACAGUGCACGAGAACAGCCUGAUAUAAUGGAAUUAGAUGGCACUCGGCUUGUGGUGCUGAAAUCGCCAAAAAAUAAAUUUGAAAAACUCAACAGCAAUGUCUCUUUGCAGAAACCAUGACCUGAUAACUCAAAAUAAUCCACAGACCUUGUGUGACUAGUUUCAUGUAGGAACUAUUUUCUCUGGACCAAACCACAUCUGCCAACCUUAUCAUCGCGCAGAAUGAAGCAUUCAUCUACCGCUAGCUCACCUAGCACCACUGAGCUAGCUAACGUUACAGCUCAGCUGAGGAGGACGACAUUAAUGUUUACAUCUCGCGAUGUCAGGAGCAUGAAACUCUUGUCCAGCAGUAGAUGCACUCUUCCUUCUGCGUGGUGAUUGUGGGGUGUUGUUCAGUAGUAAGAAAAUAGUCCCUACAUGAAACUGCUCACAACAAGCUCUGUGGAUUAUCUUGAGUAACCGGGUCAUGAUUUCUGGAAAGAGACAUUGCUGUUGAUGUUUCUCAAAUGUAUGUUUUUGGUGCUUUGAGCACCACAAGCUGAGUGCCAUCUAGUUCCAUUAUACUGGAAAAGGCAGACAUCUCUACGGCCAAUAUCUCCAACACUCCGCAACUAACACCAAAACUAUCUAGACUGAUAAUUAGCACUACAGGUAAGAGGAGAAAUACGUACUUUUGAUUUUAUGGUGAACCAUCUCUUUAAGUUUGUAGCCGCUGUCAAAUAAAACAGAUGUUCUUCUAUCAUUCCACUGCCAAACUAGUUUAAUUAAAGGACGAGGUGGCUGUUAUUCUCUAUCUUUUUCUAGCUGUCUACAAAUCAAAAAAGACGACCAAAGCCAACAAUGUUUUAGUCUGCUUUUCAGUACAUUCUGAUACAAGUUCUCAGCCCAUUUGUCCCUACUUAAGGUGAAAUACUUUAAAACAAGUUUCAAAUAUAUAGCUUCAUUUAUUUAAAGGCCAAGUUGUUACCUAAAACAGCUGGGCAUUGUAGUUUUUAGCAAAAAUUAGUAAAUAGCGCAUUUGUCGGGGCUAUUUUAAGAUGUGGAUUAACAUACAUUUGAUCCUCUGAGUAUUUACAGCAGCAGGACAGUGUUUGUCGGAUUGACUCAACAUAAACUACAGUGCCCAGGUUCAUUAUAAUGACAGAACAUGUCACCCAGUGCAACAGUGCGGCUCAUUCAUGUGUUUUUAAUAGCUUUUGGACAACAGUGGAGCCCUGUGGCAUAUAGGAGUAAGAUAUCAGGCUCUGGCUGAACAGACAAUAUUUGUCAGUCGGAUCAAUUUAUUGUUGGUUUUGGUCUUUUCGUGGGAUUUGUUGAUAACAUGAAAAAUAUUGCCAGCUUUAUCUUCUAAUCCAGACAGCUAUAGACAAAGCGUGGUUGCAAUCAGGGUCGCAUGAGUAUACCUCACAGAUUAUUACUCCAAGUCUUAUCAGACAGAGGACAGGAGAUAAGAUAUCAGAGAUAGUGGCAAAGCUCUGCACAGACAGACCUAGACUCUGCUUCCCCUUCUCUCCAUAUUACCAAAUGUCUGAGAUGUGAGCAGACUGCCCUCUGUGUGUUUAAAAUAUUAUGAAAUGAAAACAGGUUGACACAUCAUGACCAACUCAUAGUCCUAUCAUCCAGUGUGUAUUCUGUGGUCUCCGUCCCCGACACCAGCACUAAGCAUUUUCUCUUCACCUCUCUCAUCCUUAUUAAAUUAUCACGGGUGGGUGGUCGACUAAUUCCUUUAUGUUCACACAUGAAGGACACACAAGCAGAUGCACCCUCACUUGCCAUUCCUCUCUAAAUGUCGUGCCAUCAUGUGAAAGGUUGUCAUUUUUAUUUAAGAUCAUGUGGGGGACAUAAAAGUUUAUCCGUCACUGUCGACACUACAUUCCUAUUUGCUAAGGUGUAUCCUCAUGUAUCGUGAAAUCAUGUGAAUAUUUGUGAAUGUAAACUGACUAAAUGUACUUUAUGUUACACACCU